AUGGACCUGGUUGUAUCAGCAAUCGCAGGUGACAUAGUUAGUAGAUUCAUAUCCUUCCUGCUCAAGAAGUAUGAGAGCCAAGAAAACCUUGAAAGAAAGACAGAAAGCCUGCAACAUCUCCUGCUUAAAGUUCACAUGAUAGUUGAGGAGGCCGAAUGCCGAUUGAUCACUAAUUCCAAGAUGCUGCUUCAGCUCAAGAAGAUUGUGGAGGCCAUGUACCAAGGAUAUCAUGUCCUAGACAUCAUCAAUCAUAGGACCCUUUGCAGCUCAACACCAGAAGAUGAGGUUAGCAGCUCCUGUACUUUGUCAACCAAUAGAUGCUACCAAAAUCCUUUCGGUGUUGCACAAACCGCUGCUAUUAGGCAUGAUCAGCUUCAAAGAACAAUGGAAACCUUAGAAAAAAUUGUUUCUAGUAUGACAGAGUUUCUGUUUCUUCUUGGUGGAUGCGAACGCCUGCCUCAUAAACCUUAUGACACCUAUCUUUACUUUGAUCACUUCAUGUUCGGUCGCCUGGUAGAAAAGCAGCAACUCAUCAAUAUCUUACUUCAAGACAAUAUUCCUCCUUUUGCUCCAACUGUUCUCCCUAUCAUCGGCCCAAGUAGAGUUGGUAAGAGAACUCUAGUUGCACAUGUGUGCAACAAUGAGAUAGUCCGAUCACACUUCUCAUCAAUCAUUCACCUGAAUGGUGAAAGCAUCGCGAAAAUGGAGCGCACAACUUUAACUGCAAGGAGGAAUUUGGUGGUGGUUGAGUUUCUAAUAGAUACAGAUGAUGAGAACUGGAAGAAGUUUUACACAUCAUGCACGCAUAUGGGAAGAGGAAGCAAGAUCAUAAUUAUAAGUAGGAUCAAGAGGAUAUCAAGGUUUGGAACAGUAAGGCCAAUUCAACUUAACAGUUUGCCACUUGAGGAGUAUAGCUACCUCUUCAAGGUUCUUGCAUUUGGAAGCACUAACCCAGAGGAGCAUCCUCAGUUGGUAUCUAUAGCAAAUGAGCUAUCGGUGUUGCUUGCCGGCUCAUUCAUCACAGGAAAUGUGUGUGCUCAUAUGUUCAGAGACAAUCAAAAUGUUCACUUCUGGCACCAAGUGUUGAAAAAGUACAGAAAUGUGGUGCAGAAUAAUUUCUCAGUGUUUAGAGAACACCCCAAGGUUCUAAUGGACAAAGAACAUCAAAUCGAUAUAACCAAAUUUUUGCCAUCAUCCCCUCCACUUCGCCUGAUGCCUCCUUGCAAAGGCAACGAGUCGAAGAGGGAUUUAUCUAAGGUGAUGUUUGGAGACCUGAUUGCUGGCACUGUUGUUCUACCAAACGAGGACUUUGAGUUAAUCGCCUGGGAAUCACGGAUACCCCCUUACAGAAGGUUUGCCGGCGUUGCUGCAUAUUGUGAUGAUAAAAAGAAUUUUCAGCACAAAACCAAACCCCAGAAGAAGCGUCAAAGAUUAGAUAAAUAA